GAGAGAGAGAAUUGGGUUUAUUGCAAGAGCCAAAAUAGACACACAUCAUGGCAAAUUUCUUAUCGAACAUCAAAUAAGAAAAAAACAGAGAGAAAUAAGGAAAGGGUCUUCUCUUCCCUUAAAAGAGAGAAAAAAAAACUAUGCACAACUGUGCAAGCAUAUCCUGAGCCAUAAAAACAAGUGGUAGCAAAUGAAAAAGGAAGACAAGGCAAGUUGCUAGAGAGAGAGAGAGAGAGUUAUUAGGGUGGGUGUGGAUGCUUUCUGCUAAAGCUAACUCAAACUGGCCUCGUCUAUGCUGUAUUGGGCAGUCAGGGAUUACCAAGAUCUUGAAACAUUUCUCCCUCUACUAUACCUUUUUGCAACAAAACCACACUCUCCCUGAGGAGUCGUAGGUUGUUUCCUUUGAAUACUCAAACCCUUUCUUUGGCCUUCUCGCUCUUUAUUACAUGAGUAUGCUUCAUUAUUUAUUUGAUUCACUAAAACCAAGAUAAAACUUUCUUUUUGAUAAUGAGAUAAAACCUUCUUCUUUUCAGCUUCCUCUCUUCUUCAAUCAGCCACCGCCAAUAAUAUCUCAGCUGUGUAGCUUUUCUUCCUUCAGCAAUCAUUAUUCUACUCUUGCUUUCAUAUAUGGUGGAGGGUUGUAAAAAAUCUUGCAAUCUGCUUCAAGUUCUAUCUUAAGAAGAGGUUAAAAGAAAUGUGGAACUUGAAUGACUCGCCUGAUCAAACAAGAGACGACGAAUCCGAGGGAUGCUCAAGCCAAAAAACAUCAAAAGAUGGCGAAGUUGACAAGGGCAAAAGGGUUGGAUCCGUGUCGAAUUCCAGCUCUUCUGCUGUGGUAAUUGAGGAUGGAUCAGAAGAAGAGGAUGGUUGUGGUGAGAGAGGAGAUAGAAUAAUCAAGAAGCAUAGCAUAAGCUUCAGCAGCAGCACUAGCAGCAAGAUUUUCGGGUUCUCGGUUCCUUAUGAUCAAGACUCCAUGGACAUGAGUGAUCCACCGGUGACCCGCCAGUUCUUUCCUUUAGAGGAUCAAGAAAUGGGGUCCACAUCGAGCGUUGGAGGUGGUGAUGGAGGUGGAGGUGGAUUCCCUCGGGCUCACUGGGUUGGUGUCAAGUUUUGCCAAUCGGAUUCUUCACUUGUUUCUCAAAAAUCCAUGGAAGUCUCACAGCCAUUGAAGAAAAGUAGGCGAGGACCGCGGUCCAGGAGCUCUCAAUACCGUGGUGUUACCUUCUACCGGAGGACUGGCCGAUGGGAAUCUCAUAUAUGGGAUUGUGGGAAGCAAGUGUAUCUAGGUGGAUUUGACACUGCACAUGCAGCUGCUCGUGCAUAUGACAGGGCAGCUAUCAAGUUUCGGGGAGUGGAGGCAGAUAUCAAUUUUAGAAUUGAAGACUAUGAGGAAGACUUGAAACAGAUGAGCAACCUCACUAAGGAAGAGUUUGUUCAUGUGCUUCGCCGGCAAAGCACAGGAUUUCCUAGAGGAAGCUCCAAGUAUAGAGGUGUAACCUUGCACAAGUGCGGGAGAUGGGAAGCUCGAAUGGGCCAAUUUUUAGGCAAAAAGUAUGUUUAUCUAGGUUUGUUUGAUACUGAGAUCGAAGCUGCAAGGGCCUAUGACAGAGCUGCAAUGAAGUGCAAUGGCAAAGAGGCAGUGACCAACUUUGAUCCCAGCAUUUAUGAAAACGAGCUUGAAUCAUCAGGGAAUGCUGCGGCUCACAACCUUGAUUUGAGCUUGGGCAAUCCAGCUUCAAAGCAAAGUAGCAUGGAGCAACUUUCAGCAGCAAUGCCACUUGAACCCAACUGGCAAAAUCGGGGGUUCAGGCCUAAGCUUGACCUGUAUAGGGGUGACAACGAUGGACAUGGAAGAGAUCGGUAUCGGGAGACUGAAACGACUCAGCUUCUUAGCAAAAUCCACAUUCAAUCUCUAGCAUCACUCAAGUCUAGUGAAAUGCCAACAUAUGUGCAGUUCAGGAGAUCGCAUGGAGAUGGUCAGAUGCUUCAUGUUCUUCCCCCACAGUUCAAUCCACCAAAUUAUCAAGUCCAGUAUCCAAGCAGCAGUAGUGGAGGCCGAAUCGGAAGUGAUCUUUCCCUCUCUCCCACCGAGCUUCAUCAUCGUCAUCAUUAUCAGCAAUGGCAAGCAGGACCUCCCCAGUUUGCAAAUGCUGCAGCAUCAUCAGGAUUCUAACAGCAGAUUAGGACUCCACAAAAUUGGCUGCAGAAAAAUGGGUUCGUCUCACGAGACCCUCUCAAACCAUGUAUAAAGUAGCCGUUCAUCUUCCUUGCGAAUGCAAUCUUUCAAUCCUUACCAUGCUUGCUAGCUGUGACAUGCAAAGAGCAGGCUUUUAACUAUGAGGCAUAUCUUUCUUUUCACUGUCCAACCAUUCCCAAGAGAGCCACCCCCAACAAACAACAAAUUGUUGGCCAAGAAAGAACCAAGAGAUAAGGAAGUUCCGAGUCUUUGGGAAAGGUUGGUCAUCAGUUUGAACUAACGAAGGGACGAAAUCUUCAACUAGAUAUAAAUUUAUUUCUGGGUUCUGACUAAAACAGUUGGCUUUGCUUUUCUUCAUUUUUAAUAAUAAUACUGUUUGUUGCUCUU